UCUCGACCGAGAAAAAGUUAUGAAGGGCGCGGCUUUGGCGUUGGUGGCGAUGGCGGUCGUGAUAGCGCUCAUGGCGAACCAGGCGGAGGGCAUCACUUGCUCACAAGUGAAUAAGUCUCUCGGCCCUUGCGCAUCGUACCUAACUAAAGGAGGGGACCCCGGACCGGCGUGCUGCAACGGGGUGAGAGGCCUGAAGAGCAGCACUCCGUACCCCGCAGACCGGCGCGCCGCGUGCGUGUGCAUCAAGCAACUCGCGAGCCAGGCCCACAACAUCAAGGCAGACGCUGCUGCCGCCCUGCCCGGCAAAUGCGGUGUCUCGAUUGGCGUCCCCAUCCGUGCGGACGUAGAUUGCAACCGCAUUUCUUGAAAAAGGAAGGUCUGGGGGCCGAUGAAUAAAGAGGAGCUUGGGUGGCGUCGAUGACUACUCCUUGCUAUGAUAUUUAGUGUGCUUAGUCAUGUUUUAGAACGUACGUAAUAAGGUUGUCCUUGUAGGGUUCUCCCUAGAGAG